GGUAUGCACUGAUGUCAGAGUAUGUUAUUGUUUACAUUUUUAUAUAUAAAAAUAUACGUUAACACAAAAAAAACUUCGCAUUCGCGUGUGGACUUUCAAAGAGUUUAGACGUAUUAUUGUGGAUUGUCUAGUGUGUCGUUUGUUUCACUCUUACUCGUGCAUUUUAAUCUGUAUUUUUCUGUUUGUGUCUUGUACCGUUAUAACUGUUUAAUAUUAAAUUGGUGCGUCAGUAUACAUACUGAAGAGGAAAGUGGAAAAUAAAAAGAACAAAACCACGUUGUGGUUUCUUUAAUUUUGAUCUUAUACAAUCAUCUUUUUUUGGGAUACAUUUAUAUUGAUCAGUGGUUUCCUACCUGACAUUGCCGGGUGGGAAGAGGAUGGCAUUGGCCGGGGGCUUUAGCCCGCCGGAGGUGGACGAUGGGCAGGAGAAGAGGAGGAAGAUUCAGGAUUCUCAAGGAUCUGGUGAGAGCGUUUUGGAUGUGGACAUGGCAGCUGAAGAUGAUUUUUUCGUUGUGUGUAUCGACAAGAACUUUGAUAAGGCCAGAUGUCUAUUGCUGGAUAAACUUAUGGAGCUUUCUAAUAUUUGUCUGAGUUUGGAACUAUCCUUUAAUUUCGAGAAAACUAAGGCUAUCCAUUUUAACAACAGACCUAGAACUCUAAAUCUUUCUGUUGGACCGAUUUUAAUUCCGGAAGUUAAUUCAAUCAAAUAUCUGGGGAGAACAAUAGCUUGCAAUAACUCAUCCAUGAGUCAUAUAAGGACAACUUUUGGUAGCAUAAAUAGAACUUGCAACUUCUACCGUAUCCUGAACCAUCGCAAUAAAGGAGUCUCUCCUCUUCGCGCUCUACAGAUUUAUCGCGCUUUCAUAAGACCUCGCAUCGAAUAUGCAGUAUCCUCCUUCGCAAACCUGAGUAAAACAGCUUUAAACUUUAUAACUACCCAAGUGAACGUUUUUCUUAGACAAGGCCUGGGAUUAUUAAGGUCGUCUCCAACUCAUAUCCUUUACCACAUGGCUGCGGAGCUACCCCCAAAAUAUAGAUUUGUGAUUGUCACUGCAAGGGAAAUCCUGAAAUCGUUAAUACACAAACUGCCUAUCUCUACAUACAUUGAUAGUCUUCUCGGUGUCAAUACGGGCAUAGCUGAAAUCUAUAGACAAUAUGACUUUAUCUUCAAGGAUAUAGGCAAUCUCAGUGAAGUAGUGGGAAAUUGUGCACAUAUAUCUUUCCAACUCGACUUCUUCAAGGGUAUGUAUAGGAAGAAAGCUGAAGCCAACAUGGAUAUCGUUAACAGCCUAUUUUUGGAAAAAUUUAAUGACAUGGUAAAUAAUAACUAUGAGAUAUUCUUUACUGAUGGUUCCGUAUCUGAUAACUUUACCGGUUUUGCAGCCUAUCAUGAAAACUCUGACACAGUCGAAUCAGGCUAUACUCGUAGAAUUCUGUCAUCCAUGACUUCGGAAUUGUUGGCGAUCGAUACGGCAGUUGAUAUUGGAAUUAGUAAGGAGCUAAAGAGUUUGGCAAUUUUUACUGACUCUAAAAGUGGUAUUUAUGCACUUAGGAACCGGGACCUUGAUAAUUACAUUGUGGGAAGAAUAUUGAACAAGAUGUCAGACAACUUCGAGAGGAUCGCCUCUAUCUACAUCCCCGGGCACGGGGGGAUUAAGGGAAACGGGAUCGUUGAUUUGGCGGCUAAGAAUGCACACAAAAAUGGUCUUCCUAUACAUAUUCCAUGGACUCUCAAGGAUGCGAUUUUGGUAAUAGAAUCCAUGUUAAAGGGUGAAUGGAGCACAGAAUACUGCCGUUUGAAGAUUUCCAAGGGCGUUGAUUACGGUAAGUUUUUCCCUAGGACCUCUGACAAUUUUUGGACAGUGGACUAUAACAUUGACCCAACUUACUUUAAGGCUUCCGACUUAAGAAUGGCUAAUAGAAUUUUAUGCGGGCAUACUUACUGCGGUCAGACAUUGAGUAGAAUGGGUGUCUCUGUUUCCGAUAUUUGUACAAUCUGCAAUUGCACCGAGGAUUCAUCUCACAUCAUUUUCAAAUGCAGUAAAUAUGGGAAUCAACGUGGCAUUUUUCCUUCAAUUAGUAGACAUAACAAUCUUCUUGAAUUUAUCGAAUGCGAGGGGAUGGAUAAAAUAUCUCACAUUAUUGAAUUUCUAAAAUCCAUUGACAUAGUACUUUAAUGUGGAUAGUUAUGGAACUUACAUAUAUAUAAACUUAUAUAUACAAAGUAUAUAUCUUGUUUUAUAUGUAUAUUGAAUUAUUCACACCGAUUUAAUGGAAUCGGAUCACUUCAUUACUCAUCAAUCUACUUGGAUACAUGAGCUAGUUUUUUCUAGCUAAAAUUGGUGAUGGCGUUGUAUAAUCUUUAUUACAGGCCAAAUAAUUCUUAGUUGUUGAACUAAGUAACUUAAAAA